CAUUUUGAACCGGUGCGUGUACUUACAACAAGAUGAGUGAUGAAUUCGACGAUUUUGAGCGACAGUUAGCAGAAAACAAAAAUGAAUUUGAAAAAGAAAAGUCAAGCGGCAGGAGACGCUCACGUUCAGGCUCAAGGUCAAGAGGCAGCUCAAACAAAAAAAGUGACAGGAAAAGGUCAAGAUCUCGGGACAGAAAGAAACGAUCUCGCAGUCGUUCUCCUAAAGAAAGGCCCAUACGCAGACGGAAGAAACCAUAUAAGUAUUGGGAUGUUCCACCUGCAGGAUUUGAACACAUGACUCCAAUGCAGUACAAAAGCAUGCAAGGCAAUGGACAAAUUCCUCAGACAAUCACUGUCCCAAAUGUUGCACUAACCAACACCACAGUACCCUUUGCUGGAAGUGCAAUAAGUCGACAAGCCCGGCGUCUGUAUGUUGGCAAUAUACCAUUUGGUGUAACAGAAGAAGCCAUGAUGGACUUCUUCAAUCACCAGAUGAAGAUGACUGGACUUGCGCAGGCAGAUGGCAGUCCAGUCAUUGCAGUUCAAAUAAAUCUAGACAAAAAUUUUGCGUUUUUGGAGUUUCGCUCUGUAGAUGAGACAACACAAGCAAUGGCAUUUGAUGGCAUAAAUUUCCAAGGCCAGUCAUUAAAGAUAAGGAGACCACGUGAUUACCAGCCCCUACCUGGCAUGGCAGAAACACCAACAGUUAAUGUUCCAGGAGUGGUUUCUACAGUGGUUCAGGACUCACCCCACAAGAUCUUCAUAGGAGGCUUGCCCAAUUACCUAAAUGAAGACCAGGUAAAAGAACUGCUUACAUCGUUUGGACCACUCAAAGCAUUUAACUUAGUGAAGGAUAGUGCUACAGGUUUAUCUAAAGGCUACGCAUUUUGUGAAUAUGUGGAUGUCACUAUAACAGACCAGGCCUGUGCAGGUUUGAAUGGUAUGCAGCUUGGGGACAAGAAACUCAUUGUCCAGCGAGCCAGCGUUGGUGCCAAGAAUGCCCAGGCACCUGUACAACUACAAAUCCCUGGCCUGAAUAUGACCCAGGGCUCUGGUCCGGCCACAGAGGUGCUAUGUCUGAUGAACAUGGUCGCACCAGAAGAAUUGGAAGAUGAAGAGGAGUAUGAAGAUAUAUUGGAAGAUGUAAAGGAGGAGUGUGGAAAAUAUGGUAUAGUGCGAAGUAUAGAAAUCCCAAGGCCUAUCAAGGGUGUGGAAGUCCCAGGCUGUGGAAAGAUAUUUGUGGAAUUCAAUUCUAUCAUCGACUGUCAGAAAGCCCAGCAAGCACUUACAGGAAGGAAAUUCUCAAAUCGUGUUGUUGUCACUUCUUACUUUGACCCAGAUCAGUACCACAGGAGAGAAUUCUGAGCAUUUAACACGGUUGUCCAUUUGACAUUUUACAAUACAAUAUUGGUAUUGAAAUUCUCCAUUAUAGUAUGCAGCCAGUGUUUUUGUCACAAUUAUGUCAAAUGUUGCAUUUACCGUGAAUCUAGGAUCAUAUUUACAUACUGUCCAUUAUGUUGUUUUCAUCAUAUAAAUAUGAACAUGUCAUUUUCUUUCCACUUGAAUUUACAGAUGUUUAAAUUCAGUGUUGAAAGGAUGAAUCUGUAGUCAUGAAAAGUUAAACACAUGAAAAUCAUUUUCACAAUUACUGAUAGAAAUUUCUGGCUUAAAGAUCAUGGCAAUUGUAUAUCUUAAUAAUGUGUUUUUCCGAGUCAUCUUUAUAACUGAAGAAAGAUUGAAUAAACUGUGGAUUAAA